GCCACACCACUACUCUUCCUCUCUCGUCUCCCCCGAGCCGCCGCCGCCGCCGCGCUCACCCCACUCGCCGCCCUCGCUCGCCCCGCCUCGAGCGCACCCCACACCGCCGCGGGCCUCUCCUAGCCUCAAGUCAUGGGGAAGAAGAAGGACCACUACGAGGUCCUGGGCGUGCCCAAGGCGGCCACCGCCGGCGACAUCAACGAGGCGUACCACAAGCGGACCGCGCUCAAGCGGAAGGCGGCGGAGCGGGGGUUCGAUCGCCUCACCACGGCCCACAAGGUUCUCAGUGACCCGCUGAGGCGCCCGCUCUACGACGUGCACCUGCGCGCCGAGGAGAAGCUCAUGGGGAAGGCGCCGCCGCCGGCCGCAUCCACGGGUGUAGCACUGGGCAGGGUGGUACGUACAUGCCGGAAGAGCGCAGCUUUGGGCAGGGAGGUUGCGGUUGCGGGCACCGGCGGCAGGCAAAAUACAGACCGGACGUGCGGAGGCGCCAAGCGUGCGGGCCUUCGAAGCUCAACGGGGAAGGCCGGCAGGAACGGCAAGCGCUCGCGAUGCCUAACGGACGGCGGGACAUACGCCGGCUUAGGAGGUGCGACGGGAGCACACGCGUCGACUGCGUUCUUUUCCACCGGCCGUAGCACCUUUGAGAUGUCCGUCAAGUAUACGAAUGAGUACUACAAUGAGGAGAACAGUUCAUCCUUCGACGGCGAGCCAUUCUGCCCCACCGACCAUAGCACCUUCAAGACGGCCGUGAAAUAUACGAAUGAGUACUACACUGAGGAGAACUGUUCAUCAUUCGACGGCGAGCCAUUCUGCCCCACCGACCAUAGCACCUUCAAGAUGGCCGUGAAGACCAUGAAUGAGUACUACGAUGAGGAUGAGAACCUUGGGUUGUGCGUGUACGAGGUAGAAGGCGUGCAGGAUGACUAUGGCAACCAUGCCGGGGCUGGCAAUGAUGUUACCAGGGUUUGUGGUGACCUCAUCAACGGUGAUGACGUGGAAGGGGGCACCCCGUAUGCAAAAUACGAUGAUUGCGGUGGUGGUGAUCACAACUAUGGCGACCAUGGCGGGGCUGGCAAUAAUGAUGAUACCGGGGUUUGUGGUGACUACUACGACGACGCUGCGGGGGGCUUUGACAAUGGCUACUACGACGGUGACGCUGGGAAUGGAGCUGAUGACUGGUGGUAGUGAUCCAGGGCAAGACCUCUUUGAAAUGUGAGAAGGAAGUCCCAAGUCGUGGAGUUGAGAUGAUGUGCAAGUCUCUAUCUACUUUGCUAGUUCUUAUGUUGCCUAAUUAUCGUAGCUAGCUUCGGAUUUACCACUUUUGUGUAUGAUAAGCUAGGAAAUCAGUCUUCUGUAUGGGGAAUCUUAAGCAAUAUCAUGUACCCUGCUUGUGAUAAAGGUAUUGCUAAUGUACAUUAUAAUUGGUAUGUGUUUCUUCAUUGCUCA